AUGGCUUAUAGCAAUUCUAACGAAAAACAUUCGGCUACACGAUUUGCUGAUUUGGGUGCAUUACCAAAACGCAUGCUAGCACCAAUCGAAGGCUAUGAAAAAACACCAUUAGUGACACUUGAAGAAGCUGUAAAACCUCUCGUCAAGAUAGUACCAAAAGUCGAACGAAAUGUAUUCAUAGUUAAACAGAAUUGUCAAGAACCAGAAGAUGGUUUAACAACUGAUGAGUCAGCUGCCAUUAUGCUCUAUACCUAUGA